AUGGUUGAAGUUGUUGGCAUCCAAGGUUUAUCAACCAAAGUUCAAGGAAAACUCGUUAUUAAGGUGAAAUCACGAGUUUCAGAUUUCGUUCAAACGAUGGAUAUGUACGUUUUACCCAAAAUUUCGGCUCAAAUAUCCAAGGCACCCAUCGCUACCAAUAAAUGGAAUAUUCCCAAGGGCAUAGAAUUGGCUGACCCAAUGUUCUUCAAAUCAGAACAAAUCGAUUUAGUACUAGGAGCGGAGUACUUCUUCGAAUUUUUCCCUACUGCUCGUCGUGUUUCGUUGGGCGAUCAUUCGCCUUUAUUGAUCGGUUCUGUAUUCGGGAGGAUAAUUACCGGAAAAUAUCCCAUAAAUAGCCCGAUUCAUUCUGCUGUAUGCAACGUUGCACGUUCCAAUCAAUUAGAAGAUAUGCUAGAAAUGUUUUGGGAGUGUGAAGAAGUUGGCUUGGAUAAAAGCUACUCACCAGAUGAAGCCAAAUGCGAAGAGAUAUUCGUGAAAACAACCCAAAGAGAUCACGUGGGUCGAUAUACUGCAACCUUACCAAAAUCAGAGCUAGUUGGCAAGCUAGGUGACUCAAAUCAAAUCGCCGAGAGGAGACUAAUACAAUUAGAAAGAAGAUUAAACCGAGAUGCAAGUCUGAAAAGGGAAUAUAGUGCAUUCUAUGAAGAAUACGCAGCAUUGGGUCACAUGCAGUUAGUUUCAGUUGAUGAUGGAGAACGUGUUUACCUUCCCCACCACCCAGUUGUGAUAGAGAGCAGCACCACAAAGAAGGUGCGGGUGAUGUUUGAUGCAUCUUCGAAAAAAGCAUCGGGUCUAUUCCUGAAAGAUUGUUUGUUGGCUGGCCCGACAAUACAAGAUGAUCUCCGUUUCAUUAUUUUGCGCUGUCGAACACAUCAGGUUAUGCUCGUUGCGGAGAUCGAGAAAAUGUUCCGGCAAGUGAACGUUUGCCAAGAUGAUCGACGGCUCCAAUCUAUAUUAUGGCGUACUUCUCCAGAUCAAUCAUUAAAAAUCUACGAACUGACUACUAUCACCUACGGAACCAAGCCUGCGCCGUUUUUAGCAACGAGAGCUCUGGUGCAGCUCGCUCUAGAUGAAGCUGAAGUCUAUCCAUUAGCAUCAAAGGCCGUGUUGGAAGAUUUUUAUUUAGAUGAUACCAUCACGGGAGCAGAUGAUCCUGAUACUGCCAAAAGUUUACGGAUACAGUUACAGCAAAUGGAAGGUUGGAACCCCUGGUCACCACACCAAAAUUCGUAUCUUUAA